AUGAUGAAGAGGUUAUUGAUUUGGGAAAUCUCAAGAGUGAUGUGUGGCAGCACUUUACAAAGAUAA